GCUAGCGCCAGAGCAGCAUGGCCCGAGCGCUGUGCCCCGCGAGCUCCGCCUGCCCCGGUCCGCGGUGCGCUGAGCGGUCCCGGUGCGCUGAGCGGUGCGUGCAGGCCCGGUCCCCGCGGCGCGGUCCGCUGUCGUCCGGUGCGCGGCCCGCCGGCGCGGCGCGCUAGUUCGGUGCAGUGCCGUGGGACAGCCCCGCGUGCGUGCGGGUGUGUGCGUGCGUGUGCGUGUGUGUGUGUUUGUGUGUUAGGCCGUGGCGCCGACGUGGCGCUGUAAUGAGCCUGCCGCGUGAGUCGGCAUGGCGGGCCGGGCCUGUCUGUGGAGUCCGCCGCCCCCAGGCCCCCGCCGGCCGUCGCCGCCCCCAGUAAGACAUGUACCCGGCCCGGGUGGCCCUGCAGGGCCCGCGCCCGGCCCGCGCGGCCGCCGCCGCCGGCACCAACGGCAGCAAUGGCGGUGGCGGCGGCGCGUACAACAGCAACGCGAGCACGCGCGGCCGCGGCUCCGUCAAGGUGCAGGUCAAGCCCUUCACCAAGGAGUCGCUGGACCGGCUGGAGAGCAAGACGGUGCAGCUCGUGCGCGACUACGGCUUCCAGCCGCGCCGCAAGCUGUCCGUCGAGGACGGCUCCGUCCUGCCCGGCAAGUUCGAGCCCUUCCCGUCGGACCUCUACGGCCGCCCGCUCGAGGAGAUCGACAACUUCAUCUAUGACGAGACCUUCUGCGUCGUGUCCAAGCGCUUCCGUAAGAACUACAUCCACCGGUUCACCGCCACCAGCUCCUUCUUUUUCUUUUCGCCGUGGAACCGGACGCGACGCGUCUGCAUCUGGCUGUCCACCAACCAGUUGUUCGACUACUUCGUCAUGGCCACCAUCUUGCUCAACUGUGUGUUUCUCGCCAUGACUGAACCUAUGGAGCAGGCAGAGUACAUCUUUCUGGCCAUCUACACGGCGGAGAUGAUCAUCAAGUCGGUGGCCAAGGGCUUCAUCCUCAACAAGUACACGUACCUGCGCAACCCAUGGAACUGGCUCGACUUCGUGGUCAUCACGUCCGGGUACGCGACCAUCGGCAUGGAGGUGGGCAACCUCGCCGGGCUGAGGACCUUCCGCGUGCUGCGGGCCCUCAAGACUGUCUCCAUCAUGCCCGGGCUCAAGACUAUUAUCAACGCGCUGCUGCACUCCUUCAAGCAGCUCGCGGAGGUCAUGACCCUCACCAUCUUCUGCCUCAUGGUCUUCGCCCUCUUCGCGCUCCAGGUGUACAUGGGGGAGCUGCGGAACAAGUGCGUGCGCAACAUCGAGGCCGACAACGUGACGGCUGCCGACUGGAGAGAGUGA